UCUCUGCUGAGGUUAACACAUUUAACUGGAAAUGAUAAGAACACUCUGACAGCAUUAAUCUGAGAGGAACAUCUCAGCCUGCCCUGGUUGUCAAGGUAACAGAAAACCACAGUCCUACAAUCAGUGAUCUGUCAGCAGCUUUUUAUCAAAAUAUCAGUUCACAGAAAUGCAGCUCAGAGGGGUAUAAAUAUCAUGUGUAAAACUAAAGAGAAGUAAGUGAUAAGUGAAGCUGCAGCUCUUCCAGUGAGGACAGCACACACAGAGCAGACAGACGGUCUACCUGGACGUCAUGGAUCACCUGUUGCUGCUGCUGCUGCUGCUGUGGAGCUCAGGACUCCAGGCUGAAGAAAAUCACAACUCAACAGAGCCUGAUGAUGUCAGGUUGGUGGGAGGAGACAGUCGCUGUGCAGGAACACUGGAGCUGAAACAUCAGGGAGACUGGAGACCAGUGGAUGGCUAUUGGACCCUGAAGGAAGCAGUUUGCAGAGAGUUGGACUGUGGCUCUGCUGUUUCUGUAGAACGGAGAAAGGAGUCCUCAUCCAGAUCUGUGUGGAGGAUCAGGUCUGACUGUGUUCAGUCUGGAUCUGCUCUGAGGGAGUGUGUAACACCACGUUUCUCUAAAUCCAUCCUGGAUCUCACCUGCCUAGGUAAGCCCAUCAGUGACAUCAUCUAUGACAGUAAUGUUUCCAGUAUGUUCCUUCCUCCGUCACAGUAA